CUUGUGACAUCCACACAUCUGAACAAAGGCUAAAAGGAUUGUUUUUUAUUUUAUGCAUCAAGUAAAUAACUGAAAAUUAGCAAAUCCCUUUGGUUCUCAACUUGCAUUAAUUACCCAAAAAGAAAAAAAAAGCGCACACACAUAUGGCUUCAAAAAUGCUAUGCCUGUGUGCAGGCAUCGUCACUCCUCCUCCUCCACCUCCUCCUGCUGCGAAGCUUGCCAAUACAAAUACUUGUUCCAAGCUCCCUCUGUCUUGUUCUUCAGAUAAGGCUUCAUCAGUUCGGCUUCAAUCUUUCAGGUGCAAAGCUCUCGGCGAAAGCUCUCAGCCUCAGACCUCCUUGGCCGAAACUGUUUAUCCAGGAAUCUACGGUCCUUGGACCGUUGACUCCACCGACGUUCGAGAGGUGAUUUUGUACAGGUCAGGACUCGUGACAGCUGCUGCAUCAUUUGUAGUUGCUGCCUCAGCUGCCUUCUUGCCUGAUAGCUUUUUCUUGACUGGAAUUGUGAAGCACAAUCUUGAUUUUGUCUAUGCAAUUGGAGCUGGUGGGUUGGGUUUGUCUUUGUUUCUGAUUCACAUUUAUGUGACUGAAAUUAAGCGCACUCUGCAAGCAUUUUGGGGGCUUGGUGUUGUUGGGUCUGUGGCUGCAUAUGCAAGCUUGGCUUUUCCAGCUGGAGAGGGCUUAGUUCAGUAUGUUGUUGAUAACCCAAUAGCUGUCUGGUUUGUUGGCCCUCUCUUUGUAUCACUCACAGGACUAGUUUUCAAGGAAGGUCUCUGCUAUGGGAAAUUGGAAGCUGGAAUUCUCACAUUCAUUAUACCUAUCACCCUUCUUGGGCACCUGAGUGGCUUGAUGGAUGAUGGAACAAAACUUUCUUUGCUGGGAUUAUGGAUGGCUCUGUUUGUGAUAUUUUCUGGAAGAAAGUUCACUCAACCAAUUAAGGAUGACAUUGGUGACAAGUCUGUCUUCACGUUCAAUUCUCUGCCUGAAGUUGAGAAGCAAGCCGUGAUUGAGAAGCUUGAGCAAGAGAAGUUUAGUCAGAAUUUCGAUUAGGUGUAUUGAGUCACGAUGGCUCUUUAGUCUCUAGUUCUACUGGAAAAGAAUUUUGAGGUAGAUUAUACUGUACAAAACCUCUGAGUGUUAGACACUUUUCUAAAGCUACUUACAUAUUUAUAGAGUCUUCAUAUUCUUAUGGUCCC